AUGUCGCACUUGUGCGAGUGUCCUCUGCGGCUGGAGAAGAGCUUCGUCUUGGACGGCGUGGCGGUGAGCACCAAGGCCCGCGCCUCUGAGCUCCUGAGGCCCAAGCUCUGGUCGGCGAUUCCGCCCUACAACGCCCAGCAGGACCACCACGCCCGCCGGUACUUCCAGAGCCGCGUGGUUCCGCCCAUUCUGCGGAAAACCCAACAGGAUCACGGUGGCACAGGAAGAGACGGCUGGAUAGUGGAUUAUUUCCACAUUUUUGGGGAAGGACAGAGAUACCUGAACAGGAGAAACUGGGCAGGGGCAGGGCAUUCCCUCCAGCAGGUGACCGGGCAUGAUCACUACAAUGCUGAACUGAAAACAAUCAAGGGGUUCAAUGGUCGGUUUGGCUAUCGCCGGAACACCCCAGCCCUCCGCCAGCGCCCGUCUGUCUUUGGAGAGGUCACCCAAUUCCCUCUCUUCUAACAGCAUCUCUUCCCUUCCCACCCCUUGACCUGAAUAGAAGACAGAUGUUUAGAUGAAUUCUUAAUGCUAUUUUUAUAUAAACAGUGAUGUUAUUUGUGUUUCCAA